GCGGCGGCGGCGGCGGCGGCGGCAGGGCUGUUUGUUCUUGCUCUCCGCAGCCGAGGAGCCCGAGCGGCCGGCGGCGGCGGUGGCGGCUGCGGCGCCACGGCGUCGGCUUGCCGGCGGUGCCCGCGGGCGAGCGGGGGGCCCUGGGAGCGGCGCGGCGGAGCGGCGGCGGGCAGGCGGCUGCGGGGGGCCCGGCGGCGCCGCGGCAGGCAGCCCGGGGAGGAGGAGGAGGAGGAGAGGGGGCGGCGGCCGGCGGCGGCGGCGGCGGGGGCGGCGUGCGGCCUAGCGUCUCAGAGUGCCCAGCGAAGAAUGUGAUGGGAUCUCUAGCAUGUCUGCGGAGAGCGGCCCUGGGACGAGAUUGAGAAAUCUGCCAGUAAUGGGGGAUGGACUGGAGACCUCCCAGAUGUCUGCAACACAGGCCCAGGCCCAACCCCAGCCAGCCAGCACAGCCAGCGCCAACCCCCCACCCCCGGAGACCUCCAACCCCAACAAGCCCAAGAGGCAGACCAACCAGCUGCAGUAUCUGCUCCGAGUGGUGCUCAAGACGCUAUGGAAGCAUCAGUUCGCGUGGCCUUUCCAGCAGCCCGUGGACGCCGUCAAGCUGAACCUCCCUGAUUACUAUAAGAUCAUUAAAACGCCUAUGGACAUGGGAACAAUAAAGAAGCGCUUGGAAAACAACUACUACUGGAAUGCUCAGGAAUGUAUCCAGGACUUCAACACUAUGUUUACAAACUGUUACAUCUACAACAAGCCUGGAGAUGACAUCGUGUUAAUGGCAGAGGCUCUGGAGAAGCUGUUCUUGCAAAAAAUCAAUGAGCUGCCCACGGAAGAAACGGAGAUCAUGAUCGUCCAGGCGAAAGGAAGGGGACGAGGGAGGAAGGACGCAGCAACGGCAAAGCCCGGCGUCUCCGCGGUCCCAAACACAGCUCAAGCAUCAACUCCUCCGCAGACCCAGGCCCCUCAGCAGAACCCUCCGCCUGUGCCGGCUGCGCCUCACGCCUUUCCUGCUGUCACCCCAGACCUCAUCGUCCAGACCCCUGUCAUGACAGUGGUGCCUCCCCAGCCUCUGCAGACGCCCCCACCGGUGCCCCCCCAGCCGCCACCCCCACCUGCUCCAGCCCCACAGCCUGUGCAGAGCCACCCGCCUAUGAUUCCGGCCGCCCCACAACAGCCUGUGAAGACAAAGAAGGGGGUGAAGAGGAAAGCGGAUACCACCACCCCCACCACCAUCGACCCCAUUCAUGAGCCAGCCUCGCUACCCCCGGAGCCCAAGACCACCAAGCUGGGGCCCCGGCGAGAGAGCAGCCGGCCCGUGAAGCCCCCCAAAAAGGAUGUGCCGGACUCCCAGCAGCACCCAGCCCCCGAGAAGGGCAGCAAGGUCUCGGAGCAGCUUAAGUGCUGCAGCGGCAUCCUCAAGGAGAUGUUUGCCAAGAAGCACGCCGCCUACGCCUGGCCCUUCUACAAGCCCGUGGACGUGGAGGCCCUGGGCCUACACGACUACUGCGACAUCAUCAAACACCCGAUGGACAUGAGCACCAUCAAGUCCAAACUGGAGGCCCGUGAGUACCGGGACGCUCAGGAAUUCGGCGCCGAUGUCCGAUUGAUGUUUUCCAACUGCUACAAGUAUAACCCUCCUGACCAUGAGGUGGUGGCCAUGGCCCGGAAGCUACAGGACGUUUUCGAAAUGCGUUUUGCCAAGAUGCCGGACGAGCCCGAGGAGCCAGUGGUACCCAUGUCCUCCCCAGCGGCGCCUCCCCCCACCAAGGUGACGGCCCCCCCCUCGUCCAGCGACAGCAGCAGCGAUAGCUCGUCGGACAGCGACAGCUCCACCGAUGACUCGGAGGAGGAACGGGCCCAGCGGCUGGCCGAGCUCCAGGAGCAGCUCAAAGCCGUGCACGAGCAGCUGGCAGCCCUGUCGCAGCCGCAGCAGAACAAACCAAAGAAGAAGGAGAAAGACAAGAAGGAGAAGAAGAAAGAAAAGCACAAGAAGAAAGAGGAGGCGGAGGAGACCAAGAAAAGCAAAGCCAAGGAGCCGCCCCCGAAGAAGGCCAAGAAGAACAUGAGCAGCGCUGCCAGGUGGGGUCCCCGGGGCUGGGGGUGGGGUGGGUGGGGAGGUGGGGGCGCCCGGGCCUGGCCCCCCCCCCCACGCCCCCCGGGGACCCCUCCGUGACGCUGAGCCGCCCCGUCCCUUCCUAGCAAGAAAGAGCCAGCGCCCAUGAAGAGCAAGCCCGCUCCCGCCUACGAGUCCGAGGAGGAGGACAAGUGCAAGCCCAUGUCGUACGAGGAGAAGCGGCAGCUGAGCCUGGACAUCAACAAGCUGCCCGGGGAGAAGCUGGGCCGCGUGGUGCACAUCAUCCAGUCGCGGGAGCCCUCGCUCAAGAACUCCAACCCCGACGAGAUCGAAAUCGACUUCGAGACCCUCAAGCCGUCCACGCUGCGCGAGCUGGAGCGUUACGUCACCUCCUGUCUGAGGAAGAAGAGAAAGCCUCAAGCUGAGAAGGUCGAAGUGACUGCUGGCUCGUCCAAGAUGAAGGGCUUUUCGUCCUCAGAGUCGGAGAGCACCAGCGAAUCCAGCUCCUCCGACAGCGAAGACUCCGAAACAGAGAUGGCUCCCAAGUCGAAAAAGAAGGGGCAUCCCGGGAGGGACCAGAAGAAGCAUCACCAUCACCACCAUCAGCAGCUGCAGCCGGCCCCAGCCCCCAUGCCUCAGCAGCCGCCUCAGCCUCCUCAGCAGCCUCCGCCCCCUCCGCCCCCACCACAGCCGCAGCCUCCCCCUCCGACGCCGCAGCAGCAGCAGCCACAGCCCCCGCCGCCCCCGCCACCGCCCUCUUCCAUGCCACAGCAGGCGGCCCCGGCCAUGAAGUCCUCGCCCCCGGCCUUCAUUCCCGCCCAGGUGCCCGUCCUGGAGCCCCAGCUCCCAGGCAGCGUCUUUGACCCCAUUCCUCACUUCACCCAGCCCAUCCUGCACCUGCCGCAGCCCGAGCUGCCCCCCCACCUGCCCCAGCCGCCCGAACACAGCACUCCUCCCCAUCUCAACCAGCAUGCUGUGGUGUCGCCCCCAGCUUUGCACAAUGCACUGCCCCAGCAGCCAUCGCGGCCCAGCAACCGAGCUGCCGCCCUGCCCCCCAAGCCUGCCCGGCCAGCUGUGUCUCCUGCCCUGGCCCAGCCCCCUCUGCUCCCACAGCCCCCCAUGGCCCAACCCCCCCAAGUGCUGCUGGAAGAUGAGGAGCCGCCCGCCCCACCCCUGACCUCCAUGCAAAUGCAGCUGUACCUGCAGCAGCUGCAGAAGGUGCAGCCCCCCACACCGCUACUCCCUUCCGUGAAGGUGCAGUCCCAGCCCCCGCCGCCCCUGCCGCCCCCGGCCCACCCUUCCGUGCAGCAGCAGCUCCAGCAGCAGCCGCCGCCGCCGCCCCCUCCGCCCCAACCCCAGCCCCCACCGCAACCACAACAUCAGCCCCCACCGCGGCCCGUGCAUUUACAACCCAUGCAGUUCUCUGGUCAUAUCCAGCAGCCCCCGCCACCCCCAGGCCAGCAGCCCCCGCACCCACCGCCCAGCCAACAGCCACCCCCACCGCAGCCCGCCAAGCCUCAGCAAGUCAUCCAGCACCACCCUUCGCCACGGCAUCACAAGUCAGACCCCUACUCAGCCGGUCACCUCCGUGAAGCUCCCUCCCCGCUUAUGAUGCAUUCUCCCCAAAUACCACCGUUCCAGAGCCUCACCCACCAGUCUCCUCCCGAGCAGAAUGUCCAGCCCAAGAAGCAGGAGCUACGUGCGGCCUCUGUGGUGCAGCCCCAGCCCCUGGUGGUGGUGAAGGAGGAGAAAAUCCACUCGCCCAUCGUUCGCAGCGAGCCCUUCAGCCCCUCGCUGCGGCCAGAGCCCCCAAAGCACCCAGAGAGCAUCAAGGCCCCCGUCCACCUGCCUCCGCGCCCCGAGAUGAAACCUGUGGACGUGGGCAGGGCUGUGAUCCGGCCCCCUGAGCAGACAGCGCCCCCGCCGGGCGCCCCCGACAAGGACAAGCAGAAGCAAGAACCCAAGACGCCAGUCGCACCCAAAAAGGACCUGAAGAUCAAGAACAUGGGCUCCUGGGCCAGCCUGGUACAGAAACACCCAACCACCCCGUCCUCCACCGCCAAGUCGUCGAGUGACAGCUUCGAGCAGUUCCGCCGCGCUGCCCGCGAGAAGGAGGAGCGAGAGAAGGCCCUGAAGGCGCAGGCCGAGCACGCCGAGAAGGAGAAAGAGCGGCUGCGGCAGGAGCGCAUGAGGAGCCGCGAGGAUGACGACGCGCUGGAGCAGGCGCGGCGUGCCCACGAGGAGGCCCGCCGACGCCAGGAGCAGCAGCAGCAGCAGCAGCGCCAGGAGCAGCAGCAGCAGCAGCAACAGCAGCAGCAGCAGCAACAACAGGCAGCUGCCGUGGCCGCGGCUGCCGCCCCCCAGGCCCAGAGUUCCCAGCCCCAGUCCAUGCUGGACCAGCAGCGGGAGCUGGCCCGGAAGCGGGAGCAGGAACGGCGACGCCGGGAGGCGAUGGCAGCUACGAUCGACAUGAAUUUUCAGAGCGAUCUCUUAUCAAUAUUUGAAGAAAAUCUUUUCUGAGAGCACC